AUGAAUGGGCAGGAGCCAAUGAAGGCGAGCCACGUGGAAGUUGAGAUGCCGGAGAAAGGGGCCCACCUGUCAGAGGAGGGGGUGAUCCCCCUCGCAGCCACAGAAGGGCUCAACAUUUUCCACCUGAGCAAGCCCAAUCCGUUCCUCAAGGAUCUGGAGCCCCUCAAGAAAGCAGGACUGAUCCCCCCCGGGGUGCUCCUAUACAACGCGAACACUCCACUGCGGCUCCUUUUCCGCCUCUCGGGAACCAUAGUCCGCGCAGUGCUGUUCAGCUACUCCUUCUGGCUCAUCAUGUCCGUACACGUCUUUCUGAGCGUCAUGUACUACCGAAUGGGGUUCCAGCACACUCGUACGGACACGACCAACGUCAAGCACACGGACUGGCCUUUCCUGCGCUCCUCGACUUACACGGGGUUCCUGGGGACGCUGGUUUCGUUCUGCCUCGUCUUCCAGACGACGCAGUCAUACAACAGGUUUUUCCGGCAGUACGAGUGCUGCGGCGAGAUCGUGCGCAACGCACGCGCGUUCCACCGCGCGAUGCGCGGGGUGUUCGACGACGGCACGUGCCCCGGGGCGAAGGCGACACGUCACAGGCUGUAUAAGUAUAUCAUUGCCAAGAUGUACCUGGGUUUUGCCUGGCUGCCGCACUACCGGCGCGUUCAGGUCAACGUCUGGGUGUUUGACUACCUGAGGAGGGAGGGCUUUUUCACACCCCAGGAGGCGGAGCAGAUCGCAAACAUCCCAAAGCACGCCAAGCCCUUUGGCAUGAUCGCGAAGUGGAUCCAGCUCUUGCUUCAUCGAGAACAGCAGCGCGGGAACAUUAGCGAUCGGGCGCUCGACCGGCUGAUGACGAACAUUCGCGGGCUCAACCGACAUGUGGGCAUUCUCAAUGAGUACGCAAGCAUGCCGGUUCCCUUCGCGUUCUACCACUUGCUGAACGUCAUGGCCAUCGGAUACCUGCUGCUGCUGGCUUACACUCAGGUGUUCUCGUCCUACUUCUACGGCAUUUUCCCCAUGGCGCUCACCGCUUUAGUUACGCUCGGCCUGCGCGAGCUGUCCAACGCGCUCGCGGACCCGUUCAACGAGGACGACACGGACAUUGCGAUUCUGGACAUGGCGGCGAGCGCGCGCGCAGAGUUCAAGGCCAUCCUGGACUUUGAGCUGCCCGACUACGAGAACAAGGAAGACUAG